AUGGGUGCUUCCGGCAACAAUCUUCUCCAAGUUGUUCUCAAAAACUUCGAUGUUCUUUCUCUGCCUUUGGUGACCCUUGUUUAUCCUCUAUAUGCUUCAAUCAAGGCCAUUGAGACAAAGUCUAGUGUUGAUGACCAACAAUGGCUCACAUAUUGGGUUCUCUACUCUUUGAUCACACUCUUCGAGCUUACAUUUGCCAAAGCUCUUGAACUGCUUCCAAUUUGGCCUUAUGCAAAGUUGAUACUAAGUUGUUGGUUGGUUCUUCCUCACUUUAAUGGAGCAGCACAUGUUUAUAGACAUUAUCUUAGACCAUUCUACAUGAAUCCACAAAUGCCACAAAUGCCGCAAAUACCAGGAACUUCCCAAAUGUGGUAUGUUCCGCGGAAGAACAUAUUUAGUAAACAAGACGAUGUUCUUACUGCUGCAGAGAGAUAUAUGCAAGAACACGGAACUGAAGCAUUUGAAAGACUCAUUACCAAGACUGACAGAGAAGCUAGAGCAAGGAGGAAUGGAAACUACAUGAUCUUUGACGAUGACUAUAGAUAUUAG